AUGGACCAAUCUAAAAAUAUUUUUGUUGAUUGUUCCUUAGAAUCAGUGAAAGAAAGUUUUGAUAAAUUUGAUUUAAAAAGUUCUUUUAAUUACCAAGAGGACUUUCAUUCAUGCAAGAUUAUGGAUAUUCCAACAAAGCUAUGCAUGUUGAGAAAGAAUCACUCUCCAGAUAGAUCAUUUUGCUUCCCACAAUUGUGCACUGAUGAAAAAAUCCGCGACUUUAUUGGAAAAACUUAUGAAAACACAAACGGUUCAGUUUACGACAUUGAAUGUAAAAAUAUUUAUGAUCCUGAAACUUACUUCAUUUUGGUCGGAUCAUUCAUAUUUCUUCUUACGCUGAUUACAUUGCUCAGCACCUUGAUAAAUGCAAAUCAAUCGAAAUUUAUCAACUUACUUCCAUCUAAGAUGCAUGGCUUGGUAAACAUGUCGUCAAUCUUCUCGAUUUCUGAGAAUAUAAAAACUUUAUUUAACAUGAAGUCGUCGUCAACAUCAAUCGAUUGUCUAAAUGGACUUAAAGCUCUUUCAUUGAUCCCAAUUGUGUUCCUUCACUCAAUGCAAAAUGCUUGGCCUAUCCCAGAUCCGAGAUUUUACAAUACGUUGCUUUAUGUCACAGGCAUUUUACCAACUGAUACGUUUUUUCUUGUGAGUGGAAUUUUAUGUGCAAAAUUUUACAUGACAAGGAGAAAUAUAUUUUCAAAAUUCUUCAGAACCCUAUUUGAACGUUACUUAAGACUCACGCCAUCAGGUGUUGUUACAUUUGCUGUCUUUAUUGCGAUUAAAUUGUUUUUAUCUCCUUUCGGUUAUCCCAACCUUUUUCAUCCUAUUUUCGAUGAUUGUAAGAAGAAUUGGUGGGUGAUGCUCAUUUAUCUGCAAAAUUACUAUGAGUCGGAACAUGCGUGCUUCGGAACCUACUGGUUUGCAACAGUUUUAUUCCAACUGUAUUUCAUCACUCCAUUCAUCCUGUUUAUCUUAAAUAAGUUAAAGUCACAGUUUGGGAAAAUAUUAAUGCUUUUAAUGUUAAUUACAACUUUCGUUCCUGGAUUCAUGACUGGAAUGACCAACAACUCGUUUUAUUCAUUUUUAUAUAUUGAAGCUUUAUCACGAUCGUAUCCAUAUUUAGUUGGGUUAUUUUACUACAGGAUUACAUCUGGUUCGGGAAAAUUGGCAUCAAAUACACAAACCAAACUGGCAUGGAUAGCAACAACAUUAACACUGAUCGUUCCACUGAUUCCAUUUUUUAGCGAAUCAAUGACAAUUGAAAUUUCAAAUAUCUUUUACAUACCAAUUCGGAUUUUUUGGCCAUUUGCACUCUGCUGGAUUGUUCAUGUCUGCCAUAAUGGAUUCGGCAGGAUUGUCAACAACAUUUUGUCAGCAAAUAUUUUAGUUCCAGUUUCGAAUCUUUCGCUUGGAAUUUAUUUGGUUAAUGUUCUGGUUUCACAUCUUUUGAGUUUUUUGACUCCUUUUAUUCCACCUGUUGAGUCAAAAUUGGUGAAUUCUAUACGAUUCUUUAUUGCAAACUUCAUAAUUUCGACAUUUUUGGCAACUUUAUUGUAUCUUUUUGUGGAGGUUCCAUUCACCCGAAUAUCCAAGAGUAGCUGCAAGAAAACUAAUGCAAAUCAAACAGUCAAAACUGUUUAG